UCCGAAACAAGAUAACUUGGUUGAUGACACACAUCGUGACAUUAGAUAUGGGUUGAGUCCUCAAGUUAACCUUCAAGGCAAUAAAAAUAAGCAAGACACUCGUCGGGACACCGGAUUCGGUUUAAGAUCACAAGACAACCUUUUAACUUCACAAUAUAUUAAUCAGAAACAAGACAACUUGAUUGAUGACACCCAUCGUGAGAUUAGAUAUGGGUUAGAGCCUCAAGUUAACCUUCAAAGCAAUAAAAAUAAGCAAGAAACUCGUCGGGACACCGGAUUUGGAUUAGGAACUCAAGACAACCUUUUACAUUCACAAUAUAUAAAUCCGAAGCAAAAUAACUCGGUUGACGACACACAUCGUGACGUUAGAUAUGGGUUGAGUCCUCAAGUUAAUCUUCAAAGCAAUACAAAUAAGCAAGAAACUCGUCGGGACACCGGGUUAGGAUUAGGAACUCAAGACAACCUUUUACAUUCACAAUAUAUUAGUCCGAAACAAGAUAACUUG